AUGGAAUCCAAUGCUCUUCAAUUUUAUCAACCAGGAUUAUUGUUCGAGACUCAGGAGUCCACUGUCUGUUCUACGAUCCGAAACUAUUUACACAUGCUCACAGAUCGAUUCCCAGAUGAAUCACAGACUUAUAAACGAUUUAUAGAGAUUAUUAAGAAUUUUCAUGAAGAUGUGGAAAUGCCACGCGAAAUUCUUGAAGCAACAGUUGGAGAGAUUUUGAAAGGCCAUGAUGAUCUGAUUCAAGAAUAUCAGCGAAUCUGUAUACUUUUCGAUGAACGAGAUGAUUUUGAGCUGGCGAGGAAAAUAGUAGAAGAGGAGGAGAAAGAAGCGCUUCGGAUAAUCGCAAGUGCGAAAAGACAAGCUGCGCACAUACGAGCUUACAAGACGCAGAGAAAAUCCACGCUUCUGCGUCUUCCGAGGGAAAUUAGAGAUACGAUUUGGAAGGAUGUCGUGCAGGGGAAUAUAGUGCAUAUUUCCCGGGUUGAAGAUGAAAAUGCUUCUUCGUCGUCGUCGAUAUCUUUUAAGUAUCAUUCGUGCGUGGCGACCACCGGACUCAAAAGUUCGGCCUGUCCGGCGGGAGAAGGAGAUCAUGCGUUGUGCGCGAGAACUAGUCGCUCGGAUUUCCCUUCUCAUCGUUUGGUGUGCAAACAGAUGAAUCUGGAGCUUCCCGAAGCGAGAGCAACUUUCUUUGCGAAGAACGCGUUGCAUUUUGAUAAUUUGGAGGAUGCGCAGGAGUUUGUUUUCGGGUUGAAGGAAAGGGAUCGAGCGGCGAUUACGCAUAUUAGAUUACCGGUUCCGUAUUCGUUGGCGAUGAAGGAUUGUGAUGAGGGAAUGGAGUUUAGAGCUUGGGAAGCGAUUAUGAAUUAUUUUAGUUGUCCCUGGGUUCGAUCAACACUCCAUCUAUAUGACAACACUUCAAGGUUUUGGAAAAGACCAUGGUGCUUCAAAUAUUCCGCCUGUUAUUACCGCGAAAACAGGGAUCGAAUGUACAAAAAAUGGCAAGUCUCAUUCGGUGACUCGAGUUGGGAUAUUGAUAUUGCAUCUCUCCGCUACAAAGCCGAGCCCAGAAUCGAUAUCGGGAUGAGCUAUCCGGAAGUCGGCGAGUUAUUUUCUUCAGCUCCUCUUCUUCGUCUCUCCCCCUUUCUUUCAAUUCCACAAAGCACCUUCUUCCGUCCCCGUCCCCGCAACCACAUCCCUUUCUCAACACGAUUCGACAAUCCCGCACCAUGGAUACGCUCUCUCCUCCAAUUCCGUCAAUACUCCGGACUGAAUUUUCAUUUCUGGGCCUCCAAUCCCAUUUCUAAAGAGAAUGGAAUUCUGCGUGUUCCUCGACACGAAGCUUUUAUAGCAGCCUUGCAGGAAGAAGUAUCGCGCUCAGAAAUUGGUCCCUGGAAAAUCGUGCAGUUUAGACGGAAGCACUUUGGUAAUCCGGAUGUGGCUUCUUUGAGGAAUUUGUAG